UUUAAGCAAUGAUGUAACGGGGGAGUUUGGGACAGCCCUCAUCCUCCACCAAUGAAAAAAUGGGCAGGAAUCGACACCCAGUUUUGGGGGGCUCGCUAUAAAGCCGGUCUAUGGAAAGGUUUUAAUUUCAUUCUGCACAUACAUUGCAUAUAACUACAAUACAGUCUACUGCUGAGUGAAAACUGUUCAGACGUUAUACAGGUGUUGCUUAACAAUGGAUCCUAAAUCUUAUGUAGUCCAAAUGAAUGGCAAAAAUGUUCAGAGUAAUGGGACCCAUGGAAAUGGUAUCCACACCAAUGGGGUCCACGGUAAUGGUGUGCACACUAAUGGUAUCAGUGGCAAAGGUGUCCAUCAUGUCAGCCGGAGCAGCAUUAACCCUGCCAAACUAAAAGGACACAUCAAACGCUGGAACGUCCACGCCUCUGAGAUGUCCAAGAACACGCUGAACCCCAUCCGGGCCAUCGUGGAUGGGAUGAAGCUUACACCCAACCCGGAGAAGCCCAUGAUCGCCCUCUCUAUCGGGGAUCCCACUGUAUUUGGGAACUUGCCCACAGACGAGAAGGUUCUACAGGCCAUGAAGGAUGCCAUUGACUCACAGAAGUAUAAUGGAUACGCUCCAUCAGUGGGUUAUCAAAAGAGCAGAGAGGCUGUGGCUAACUUCUACAGCCGACCUGAGGCUCCACUAGACGCCAAGGAUGUGAUUCUGACCAGCGGGUGUAGCCAGGCCAUUGAGUUGGCCAUCAGUGUUUUCUGUAACCCAGGAGACAACAUUCUGGUUCCAUGCCCUGGAUUCUCCCUGUACAAGACCCUUGCGGUAUCUCUUGGCAUAAAUGUCAAACUGUAUGACCUGCUGGUGAGUGGUCUGAUUAUUGGUGUGUGUAUACAAUUGUGUGUGUGUGUGUGUGUGUGUGUGUGUGUGUGUGUGUGUGUGUGUGUGUGUGUGUUUGUGUGUAUGUUUCUACCAUACUGGGGGUCCGGAGGGGAGCUGGCCCCGUGUGAAGUGACCAAAGCAGCCCAGCUAAAAGGACAUUGUGCGGGUGCAUGUCUAUGUCUGCAGGUUUUCCCAGGAUGCUCUUUCCACUCACUGGCACCGUUGAGCCGGGACGUGCCCAUCCUGUCGUGCGGCGGGCUGGCCAAGCGCUGGCUGGUGCCCGGCUGGAGGAUGGGUUGGAUUCUUAUCCACGACCGCGGAAACGUGUUCGGCACAGAGAUCCGUGAGGGUCUUAUUAAACUGAGCCAGAGGAUUCUGGGGGCCUGCACUGUUGUCCAGGGGGCGCUAGAGAGCAUUCUGAACAACACACCGAAGGAGUUUUACAACCGAACCAUCAGUUUCAUCAAGUCAAACUCUGAGAUCUGCUACUCUGCACUGUCCACCGUUACUGGGCUGACUCCUGUCAUGCCCGCUGGGGCCAUGUACCUUAUGGUGGGGAUUGAUAUGAAACACUUCCCAGAGUUCCAGAAUGACGUGGAAUUCACCGAGCGCCUGGUGACAGAGCAGUCUGUCUUCUGUCUGCCUGCCACACCGUUCGAGUACCCGAACUUCUUCCGCAUCGUGGUGACGGUUCCUGAGGACAUGAUGGUGGAGGCAUGCGACAGGAUCCGAGAGUUCUGCACCCGCCACUACAGACCUCGUAGCCAAGACAGCAAUGAAAUCGACCAAUGAGAGAGCCUAAGAAAGAGAGGGUGGGAGUGGGGGUGGGGGAAGCUAGAGAGCUGGAUACUGUCAAGCACACAGAAAAAAGGGAUGGAGGAGAGAUGGAGAGAUAGAGAAGAGAAAAGGGAGAAAUGAAGGGAAAGGGAUUAGGGUCUAAAUGGAAGAAUGAUAGUGACAGAGCUCAGUCUAAAAGGAUCGGAAGAGUGUGUGUGUGUUGCACUUGAGUAAGGUUUGAGAAAGUAUUGUUGUUUUCUCUUCAGAAACCCAAGAUUCUGUCCAGACCAUGUAUUUAUAAUUUUUUUGUACAGCCAGUGUGGGUCUGUCUUGUGUAAAGCCAUUUUCUGUUUUAUACUAUUUGUAAUUUUUGGCCAUGUCAUUGAGAACAGAUUCCUUUAUUCCAUCCGUAUAAAAUUACACCAAUAUAUUUAAGGACAAUGUCGUAGUGCUUGACUCCAGAUGUUAGUUCAGACACAUCUGUUUCUAUAUCUAACAUCCAACAUUCAGUCUAGGUAAAACUCAGUUAUUAUAUUAACUAUGGGCUUUGCUUUGUAUAUUCUUUAUGUUUGCUAAUUUGAUGCAUGCUCUCCUUGAUAGUAGAUUUACAGUAUGUCAUGCCUGUAAAUUUACCCUGAUGUUAUCGUGAGUAUUUGUAUGUAGUUAUAGUUUUUCACUAUGGAAUGAGGAGGAAAAUAUUUAAAUAAAAUAGAUACGUGAAAGAUAAAAAUGUUUUGCAAACAAUACAGUCAUUGUAUAUAAAUCUUUCCAUUUGAAUGUCUUGUUUAUUUCAUCACAGUGUAAAAUCAAAAGGUAGGAACUUUAAACUUGCAUUUUGUUCUAUUAUCUCCUCUUAGAGAACACAAGCAAAUAAAGAACAUUUCAGAGA